CGCCCAACACGCCCGCCAAACCAGAACCCUGUCGACCAACUCCAUUCAAUCCUUUAGUGGUUCUCUGGAUUUUCACCCUAUACACUCUUUUGACUGGCAGUGGCACUUAUUAUCCACCAUACUAGUAACCCAAUAAUCGAAAACAUAAAAGACCAAAAACAGAAACAUGAAACUCUCCACCCUGCUGCUCAUCACGCCGCUCGCGCUCGCUAUUCCCUUCACGCCUCACCCAGCGCAACUCCACGAUGACCCGGACUCGGAUGCGUUAACCCAGACCCAGGGCCAGGGUGAGGGUGAGGGUCAGGGUCAGGGCCAGGGCCACGCCCAAGCCCAAGUCCAAGACCAAGGCGAAGCCAUCAAGAGCCACGUCCUGCAGAACAUGCGGCCGCAGACACAAACUCAAACUCAUCAGGCACACUCUGCCCCGACCAGCACCCGCACCCGCACCCGCACCAGCACCAGCACCAGAACCAAGGCCGCAACACCGGAACAUACCACCACCACCGCCAGCACCACCGCCAGCACCACCAGCCCAGAAGCAGAGGCAGAAGAUAUCAAACCCAGCCCCAGCCCCGAAGACGAGGACGACAAAAACAAAUCCACAGAUCAACCCAACCCCGAACCCAACCCCACGACCACAGACAAAUCCAACUCCAACCCCGACCCCAAGACCAACUCGCACCCCGACGACAAUGAAAACAGCAAAGACAACGACUCACCCUCAGGCCUAGCCAGCGCCAUCUCCCUCAUCCCCAACCCCAACGCCACCCAGAACCCCGGCACCACCCAGACCUGCCCCACCGGCCGCCCCUCCAAGCAAUGCUGCCAGAGCAUCGAGUCCGUCGCCGACUCCGUCCUGCAGCCCCUCGGCCAGCUCAUCCCCUACCUGUCCGGCAUCGACGUCUCCAGUCUCAUCGCUUUGGAGUGCAACGCAAUGGCCAACAGCGACCCGAACGCCAGCUGCUUCGAAUCCGUCAUGUGCUGCGAGGGCGUCCCCGGCCAAGCAACAUCCCAACAAACCCUCAAAACAGCAUGCACGAGCUGGGACCAGGCCAUGGUCGACAAGGCGGAUGACGACGCUGCGGACGCUGCGCAGGCCGAGGCGGAGGCGCAGAGGAUGGCUGCUGCUUCUUCUUCUUCUUUGCCCUCUCCGACUCCGUCGCCGAGUUCGUCGCCGACGCCCGCGCGGGCUGGGGCGGGGCCGAGUGCGACGCCGGCGAAGAGGGGCCUGCCUGCGUUGCCUCUCCCUGCGUUGCCGGAUCUGGGGCUGGGCGAGCUACUCGAGGGUGGAGCGGGGGUGUUUGGGCACAAGGGGAGUGUUGUUGGCUUGGGCGGGGGACCUAAUUAAAUAGAUACACAAAUCCCGGGGAGGGUCAGGGAUUUUUCUUUAGAUGGGCUUGGGUUGAGGGUACCAGGAAGUUGAAGAAAAGGGGGGUCCGGGGGUUCUCCCCCGGGAAUGCUUUACAGUUCUAUGGAUGAUGGUUGAGGUUACCAUGAAGUUUGAAAGGAAGGGGGGUCCUGGGGUUCUCCCCCGGGACGGUAUACUCUACUCUAGCAUGAGAUGUGUGGUGGGUGGAGGG